AGACUAGGUGUCUAGAAUCGGCCAGCUCUGGAACAUUGUUAUUUAUCAAGGCCCAUUUCAAUCAUGGCAAGAAUACUUUCCAGGAUGGCUUUCCAGUAACUGCUUUUACAUCUGAGACAAAUAUGCUUCUUUUCAUCUUCGUGUACUUGACAAUGGGUGUCCUGGGCAUCCCUGGCUUGGAUAUCUCCGCAGCUGGGACAGUUAAUUUAGAGGUUGAGAUCGGAACAAGGACUAGUCCACUCGACGACCACUGGCUUUCGCCAUCGCCAACUACUACCAGCCAAGCCGCCACGAGCCUACCCCACACGGGGGACCCUAGCAGUCACGCAAGCAGCCCACCACUCAUAUCAACCGAACCAUCAGUCCAAACUAUCACCAAAACCAUUUCCCAAAUCACUCUCGUCACUACUACUGCACAGCUCUGCACCCCGCUCCCUGGGACUGCCCCGCCUGUAACCUCCUCCCCCAAGACCAGCUUGCUCGGGACAACCCCGACACAUUCAACGUGGAACAAUACGGCCUCUUUUAGGUCUUUCAAGAUGGGCACGCUACCAAUUCCAUCGCCCACGACUAGUUCGGGGCGGAAUAGUACAGUCUCUCUCAGGACGGGUACACCGCUCAGCCUGUCGUUCAACACCCCAGCUAGCGCAGGGAGUACAGUGUCUUUCAAGACAGGUACAACGCCGAUCCUGUCGCCUACAGUAUCAACCGGUCCGGGGAAGAAUGCUCUAGUUCAGCAGGUCUGGUCCUUAUUUGCUGUCACGGCCGUCGCCUUUGGGUUUAUGUGUCUCUAGGCAGUGUCUUGUAUCUCU